GUCCGAGGAGGCGGCGGUCCGGAGUCUAGGCGACGGGGCGUGACGGGGCUGGAAGGUGGCGGGAGGGGGCCGGGCAGGAGCCGGCCGGAGGGCCCGGCCUGGAGGCCCCCACCCUGGCGUGCCCGUGCCGGCCGCGAAUGAGGAGGAGGCGGAGGAUGAUCUCCAGAUACACUCGGAAGGCGGUGCCGCAGAGCUUGGAGCUGAAAGGAAUAACAAAAUAUGCUCUUAAUCAUCAUCCCCUUCCAGAGCAGCUGGAUGAAAUUUCUUCUACCAAUGACAGCCAUGAAAAAGAUACAAGUUCCCAAAGUGAGUCUGACAUCACACAAGAAUCACCUUUUACAUCAACUGACACUGGGGAUUCAAGGUCUGCUUUUCCAAGUUAUACAGGCACGGGGAUCUCUACUGAAGGCAGCUCGGACUUCUCCUGGGGAUAUGUCACCGAGAUUCUUCCCAGCUUGCAUCUGGAGCUUUUAGAAGCUAUUUCAUAUACUCCGGUGCAAAAGCAAAAAAACACAACAUGAGAGGGAAUUGAGUCCUGAAUUACUGGCUUCAUUACAUCCACCUUCUCCACCCCAAAAUGUCACAAAAGAAACAACUACCAUUACCUGCAGACUACUUUUGGUGUAAAAGAAGUGAUGGACGGGGGUGGAAACAGCUCAUGAAGAUGUCUUAAAACGUUCCUUCGGAUUAAUUUGUACACACCAUCGAACAGUGAGCCUCUCUCAGAAACUUGAUCAAAAUGCCACUGAAAAAGUCCAGGCAAUGUUUAUAGCCAUUGAUGAGCUCUUGUAUGAACAGAAGUUGAGCAUACAUACUAAGAGUCUACAAGAAGAGUGCCAACAGUGGACAUGUAGUUUCCCUCACCUCAGGAUUUUGGGUAAGCAGAUAAUCACUCCAAGUGAAGGUUAUGAACUGUACCCUAGAUCUCCUUCUGCUAUUUCAGCUUCACAUGAGGCAACACUGUCUCAAGAAAGAGAUUCUACUAUAUUUGGUAUUAGGGGAAAGAAGUUACAUUUUUCAACUUCUUAUCUUCAUAAAGCAUCUUCCAUUGUCAAAUCCCCUAGCUUGUGUUCUAUGGAAAAAGAAGAGGAAGACUGUGUAAUCCUCUCUGAAGGCGUCAUAGAGGAAUACUUAGCAUUCGACCACACAGAUAUGGAAGAGGGGUUUCAUGGAAAGAAAUCAGAAGCAGCUACAGAGAAACAGAAAUUAGGGUACCCUCCCAUUGCUCCAUUUUACUGCAUGAAAGAGGAUGUCCUUGCUUAUGUGUUCGAUGAAGUGUGGAGCAAGGUCCUGAGCUGUAUGGAGCAGUUGACACGCAGUCACUGGGAGGGAUUUGCUUCUGAUGAUGAGAGUAAUGUUGCAAUCACCAAAUCGGCUCCAGAAAGCCCCUGUGUGCUGAGUGAACCACAACCUUUGGUCUUACCUCGAGUGCCACAGUCUAAGGUGCUGUCCAUCACCUCAAAUCCGAUGAGUCUCUGUCAAGCAACAGGUGGUCAUCAGCCAAAUGUCAACGGUCUCUUGGUUCAUGGGAUGCCUCUACAGCCAAGAAAUCUCUCCCUGAUGGACAAACUCCUAGAUCUCGAUGACAAGCUACUUAUGAGGCCUGGGUCCAGUACCAUCUUUUCAACCCGAAAUUGGUCAAAUCGAGCCCUAGAGCUUUGUACAUCAUCUCUGUCAUAUACAGUGCAGUCCGCCAGGAGACGCAAUCCCCCACCACGCACCCUUCAUCCCAUCAGCACAAGCCGCUCACAAGCUGGAACUCCAAGACCCACGGAAGAAAUCUUCAGAGGAUCCCGAGUCCCAGUGAUGGCCAAUUACCUCUCUUCUCCCUCACCAAUGCCCCUGAGUCGAAAUAAUCUGCUGCCACCUAUUGGCACAGCUGAAGAGGAACACAUGAGCACUGUGGGGACACAAAGGCAAACGAAAACCCAUGGCGAUUCUAAUCGAGCUCGAAGUGCGGUAGUGAAUGAGCCUAAACGUCAGCAGCCCCAGGAGAGGCUCCUUUUACCUGACUUUUUCUCCAGGCCCAAUACAACUCAGUCAUUUCUGCCGGACACGCAGUAUCGUCAUUCAUGUGCUGUUGAGUAUCCUCAUCAGGCCCGACCUGGUAGGGGAUAUGGAGCGACAGGUUCUCAAUCACAUGGGUCUACAAAAACUCAAAACAGAAGUGGACCAGUCUCUAGAACCAGGCAGGGACCUUAGAGCAAAUGAGAACCUCUUUCAGGCUACAGGGAACAUGUGGGAAGACUUCAUAAAUCAGUGUUCACUCAUCGUGUGAUGCAGUUUGUUUACAAGAGACAACUUGAAGCUAUCUUCAUGAAGAGUUAUUUUGGUAAAACUGACUGAGAAAACAAAGCAUCUGCCAAAGAUUAUAUGGGUACUAUUUCUAUCCCCAGUUACUGUCUUCUUUCAGCAUUAACUAUUCCACUAGACAGUAAAGUUUUGUACCCAAAAAGAAUUAACUACUCCCAAAUCACUGCUCAUGUUGUCUGUUAACAAUGAACAGUUCAAUUAUUAUAGGAUUCUCUGAAAGUACACAUACACAGAAAACAGCAAAUGAUUAAUAACAUUAAGCUGUCACUGGCAUUGGAAUACUGCUUAUAUUAAUUUCUGGAGUUGUACUCAGUUUUGAAUCAUUUUCAGGAGACAGGACUGACAAAAAUUUGAGCUACUCAUCAAACAGAUGUCAUUCCUAAAGCUUUCUCUUUGCAUGUCCAAUCCCAUAAGCAGAAAGAUAUGGAAGGGUUAAUUAAAAACAAAAAUGUUGAACACUAGUGUAAAGUAGCAUAUGUAAUAAAUCGUAAUGCAUAUUACUUUUUUCAGAUAGGACAGCUCAACCUCACAAUGCCUGCUUAAUAUCAGGUUACGCUUCUUUCUUAAAGUAAUUUAGUGGUCACAUUUUUUUUCCAAAUAUUAAACUCAACUUGCCAGAUUUUCUCCUGUAGCUCUAAAAGUCAAUUAAAAAAUUUAUAGAAUCUUUCUGUUAGUGAGCCAGCAAGAUACAAUUCCCUAAAAUUUCAGACACCUGGCGAUUAUUCCAGUAUCAACAUAUCCUAAGAGCAGAAGUAGAGAACUUCGGCAUUCUUCUCAUUUUACCAUGGACCUUUUCCUGAGUGUACUCAUGAAUGCAGCAAUGGUUUUAACUAUGGCUUAAAUUUAUUUUUUUAAAAUUUCAUUGAACUUUAGUUUUGAUGAUCAUACCGUUUUUUUUAAAUCUUAUUGUUAAUCUUCAGAGGGAUAAAUUCAAGUGAUCAUAAAUUGGGGUAAUUUUUUUUAUAUCAAAGUGUUCUAAUGCUAUUAUAUGAAGAAAGAUGCUUCAAACAAUCUGCAUUAAAUUAUAUUUUAAUACAA